GGCGGUUUGUAUUGGGCAGAAGUGUCAUAAGAAGAGCAGUUGGAUUUGGUCCGGAAAAGAAGGAGAAAAAAAAAAAGUAAAGAGCCAAAAGGAUGGGAGAAGAAGGAAAGAUAGAGGAAAAGCCUGUCUUGAAAUCUAGAUUCAAGAGGGUCUGUGUAUUCUGUGGUAGCAGUACUGGGAAGAGAAACUGCUACAGAGAUGCUGCUAUUGAACUAGGAAAAGAGCUGGUUUCUAGGAAGGUGGAUUUGGUAUAUGGAGGUGGGAGCAUUGGAUUGAUGGGACUAGUUUCUGAAGCUGUUCAUAAAGGAGGAGGGCAUGUUUUAGGGAUCAUACCGAGGACUCUGAUGUGCAAAGAAAUUACAGGAGAAACAGUAGGAGAAGUGAAACCAGUGGCUAGCAUGCAUCAAAGGAAGGCAGAGAUGUCCCGCCAUUCCGAUGCUUUCAUUGCAUUACCAGGUGGGUAUGGAACCUUAGAAGAGCUCUUGGAAGUCAUCACCUGGGCUCAACUAGGAAUCCAUGAUAAACCCGUGGGCCUUCUUAAUGUGGAGGGUUACUACAACUUCCUUCUUACUUUCAUCGACAAAGCUGUGGACGAUGGAUUCAUCAAGCCCUAUCAGCGCCACAUAAUCGUGUCCGCACCAAACGCCAAAGAGCUGGUGCAGAAGCUAGAGGAAUAUGAGUCUGUCCAUGAUGGUGUCGAGUCGAAGCUGAGGUGGGAGAUGGAGCAAGUGGGUUCUAAUACUUCCUUGCUUGCCCAAAUUGCACGAUAGGAUUGGGUACAGCCGCUGGAAUUUAAAUAUGUGGCUUAGGGAAACUUGGCCAACCCAUGGACGGUUCUGAUUGGUUAGUUAUUAGGGAGUCUUAUUCCAUAUUUCUGUUGUACCAGCUAAACCCUAUCAUUUACCCCUUUUUGAUUUAAAGGGUGGAAAGAUCGUCCCUUUUUUACUUUAAAAAGAGGAAAGAUCGUAUAUAGGGUGUUUAUGUCUACAGAGUAGCAAAAGUAUAUUUUCCUCCUUUCUCUCUGUUUUUUUUCUUUUUCUUUUUCAAGUAUAUAUAUAUAUACAAUUGUAAACAGUUGUAGAAGGUCUAACAGGGAGGCAGUAACAAACACUGCAACUUUU